UUAAAUAGGAAAUUAAAAUAAUCAUUAAGACAGCCAGUAUUUAAUGAGAAAAGUGAUAAUGUGGGUAUUUGGUUAUGGCUCACUGAUAUGGAAAGCAGACUUUCCAUAUGAAAAAAUUCUUGUUGGUCACAUUAAAGGAUAUGUCAGGAGAUUUUAUCAAAAAAGUACAGAUCAUAGAGGGACACCUAGCAAACCUGGUCGCGUUGUUACAUUACUUUCUUCCGAUAAUCCUAAUGAUGAAGUAUGGGGUGUUGCUUAUAAAAUAUCAUCACAGAAUAUAGAUAAAGUUGUUACACACUUGGAUUACAGGGAAAAAGGAGGUUACGAAAGAAAAAGUGUUCUUUUUUAUCCAUCGUAUUCAAUUAAAGAUAUUGGGUCACUUUCAUCAGUGAAUAACACUUCUCAAAGUGAUUUUCAAGAUGAAAAGUCAUUAACAACAGUUUCAAAAAACACACCAUUUUAUAUUACAAUUUAUAUAGGUGGAGAAGAUAACCCAAAUUAUGCAGGUGUAGAAGAUAUAUGUACAAUAGCAAAACAUAUACUUGUAUGUCAUGGUCCCAGUGGAGCUAAUACAGAAUAUUUGUAUAAACUAGCAUCUGCAAUGCGAGUUAUAGCACCAGGUAAAAGUGAUGAACACUUAUAUACAUUAGAGACAACUGUGAAAACAUUAGAACAAAAUGUGAAUGUCAAAAUAAAGUUGGAUAAAAAUUGA